AUGGCCACAAAAGUACAAAGAAAUCUCUCAGUUUUAUACAGUAGAAGACAAUUCUCCGUCGCCGGAGCUGCAUACGCUGGUAAGAGCUCGACGGCGGUGGCAUCUAAGGUCGGAAACUUACUCGUCGUCGCUUCAAUUGCAAAAGCUUUGAUAAAGCCAGGAGGAACACGUAACCUAGAAAAGUAUGGAGAUUCAAUUCCCUUAUCAGAAAGCCUAGUCCUUCAAGUUCUCCGCCGCAACAAUUUGGAUGCUGAAAAGAAAUUAGACUUCUUCAAAUGGUGUUCUCUCAGGCCUAAUUUCAAACACUCUACUGAAACUUACUCUCAAAUGUUCAAAUCCAUUUGCUAUAGUCACAAUCACCGGGAAGCUAUUUUUGUAUUGUUAAACUCAAUGAAGGAUGAUGAAGUGUUGCUUAAUUCGGCCACAUUUAAGUUACUACUCGACUCCUUUACUCGAACUGGUAAUUUCGAUUCAGCUCUUGAGAUUUUGGAGUUUGUGGAAGGAUAUUUGGAUAAUUCUAGUUGUUUAAGUCCUGAUGUGUAUAAUUCUGUACUUAUUGCUCUUGUACAAAAGAAUCAAGUUAAUUUAGCUUUGUCGAUUUUCCUUAAAUUGUUGGAAACUAAUGAUGGGAAUAGCAUUGGGGUUAGUAGUGCCGUUGCGUGUAAUGAGUUGCUUGUUGGCCUUAAGAGGGGUAAUAUGAGAGCUGAGUUUAAACAAGUUUUUGAUAAGCUUAGGGGAGGGAAUGUGUUUCCGUUCGAUAGAUGGGGGUAUAAUAUAUGCAUUCAUACAUUCGGAUGUUGGGGGGAUUUGUCUAGUUCUUUGAGUCUUUUUAAAGAAAUGAAGGAAAGGGGAAGUUGGUUUAGUCCCGAUUUGUGUACUUAUAAUAGCUUGAUUCAUGUGCUUUGCUUGCUCGGGAAGGUUAAGGAUGCUUUUGUUGUGUGGGAGGAAUUAAAGGGAUCAUCGGGGUUGGAACCUGAUGCUUAUACCUACCGAAUCGUUAUACAAGGUUGCUCUAAGGCUUACCUGAUAAAUGAUGCGAUAAAAGUGUUCACUGAGAUGCAGUACAAUGGCAUACGUCCAGAUACUAUUGUUUAUAACUCCCUCUUAGAUGGAUUACUCAAGGCAAGAAAGUUGACAGAUGCAUGCAAUUUAUUCCAGAAAAUGAUUGAAGAUGAUGGUGUACGAGCCAGUUGUUGGACCUAUAAUAUUCUUAUUGAUGGCUUGUUCAAGAAUGGGAGGGCUUUGGCUGCUUAUACCCUAUUUUGUGAUUUGAAGAAGAAAAGUAAUAAUUUCGUGGAUGGGGUUACUUACAGCAUUGUCAUUUUACAUCUUUGUCGGGAAGAUAGGCUUGACGAAGCACUGAAGUUGGUGGAAGAGAUGGAAGCAAGAGGGUUUACUGUUGAUUUGGUUACUAUAACUUCUCUUUUGAUUGCAAUCUACAGGGAGGGACAUUGGGACUAUACAGAGAGGCUUAUGAAGCACAUCAGGGAUAGCAAUUUAGUUCCAAUUAUUAUCAGGUGGAAAGACAGUAUGGAGGCUACAAUGAAAGCUCCACAGAGCAGAGAAAAAGAUUUUACACCCAUUUUUCCAUCCAACAGGAACUUUGGUGAUAUUCUAGGCCUAGAAAACUUAACAGACGCUGAGACAGAUACUUCCCUUGGGGCAGAGGAUGGUGAGAUACACUAUCAGGAAAGUGAUCCGUGGUCAUCAUCGCCAUAUAUGGACAUGCUGGCUAAUAAAGUUAGCUCCCAAAGUAAUUCUUCAAGAACGUUCUCUCUUACUGGAGGAAAACGAAUAGACACUAAAAGUGCAGAUUCUUUUGAUAUUGACAUGGUGAAUACCUUCUUGUCGAUAUUUUUGGCCAAAGGAAAAUUGAGCAUGGCUUGUAAAUUAUUUGAAAUUUUCACCGACAUGGGCGCUGAUCCUGUUAGUUAUACAUACAAUUCUAUGAUGAGUUCAUUUGUCAAGAAGGGAUAUUUCAAUGAGGCAUGGGGCGUUUUACAGGAAAUGGGCGAGAAGGUUUGCCCUUCUGAUGUAGCAACGUACAAUGUCAUAAUCCAAGGCUUGGGAAAGAUGGGAAGGGCUGAUCUUGCUGAUGCCGUACUAGACAAACUGAUGAAGCAGGGAGGUUACCUUGACAUUGUAAUGUAUAACACCUUGAUUAAUGCCCUCGGGAAGGCUGGCAGAAUUGAGGAAGUAAAUAAGCUUUUCCAGCAGAUGAAAGAUAGUGGAAUAAAUCCAGAUGUUGUCACUUACAAUACACUAAUCGAAGUUCAUGCCAAGGCGGGUCAGCUUAAGCAAUCUUAUAAGUUUUUAAGGAUGAUGUUGGAAGCAGGGUGUGCUCCGAACCAGGUAACUGAUACAACUUUGGACUUUCUGGAGAAGGAGAUCGAAAAAUUGAGAUACCAAAAGGCAUCCAUGAAACGCCCAAAUGUAGAUAAUCCUUUAUGAGAAACAGCUUUACACUUCAGGGUAGGGAGUUCAGGAGGCCCAUGAAGAAGCUGAAUUCAUAGAGCUUGGAGUGUGUAGCGUUCAAAGCAAAAGUUAGUCCAA